AUGGCGCUCGGAAAUGAUAAAGAAGUAAAAAUGGAGGUUGAAAACCCGUCUACUAAUCAAACAGAAGAAGAGAACCGUGUAGAUCCAUUUACUCUGGAAAUCUUGCCUCUUAUAAAAGAAAAUCAGAGUACACACGGUUUACGUCAUGGUGAUUAUCAGAGAUACAGGCAAUAUUGUACAAGGAGGUUAAGACGUCUUUAUAAGACGCUUCAUUUUCAACAAGGUUCAAGGAACAACAUCAAACCAAAGAAAGUGACUGAAAAUGUUGUAAAAGACGUCAAGUUUUUACACAUACCUCUGAUAGAUGCUGAAAGAGCAUGGAGCCAUGCUAUGGAAUUAAAGCUUCUUGCUAACACAGAACCAAGGAAAAGAUUUCAUUUGAUCAGAAGAUUACGUAAUGCUGCCGGYCAUGCUGACAGCUUAGAAAAGCUCUGUCAAGGAAGUCUUUGUGAUGCAAGAACAAAACUAGAAGCUCAGGCUUAUGCAUCGUACAUGAAGGGGAGUGUAAGUUUUGAGCUUCAGAAGUGGAAGGAAGCUUUAGAGUUGUUUGGGAGAGCAAGGACCAUCUAUGAAAAGCUUGCUGGUGCUUUCUCAGAAGAGCACAGGAAUAUGUAUCUUCAAAGAGUUGAGGAAAUCACUCCUAAUAUCAGAUACUGUGCUUACAAUCUUGGUGAAGGUGGCACAGACAUCAAUGAUUUGAUGCAGAUGAGAAUGAGCUCAACUGGUGGUGUCCAAGACCCAGUUCUUGCAGCCAAGAUUGAUGAAGUUUUGGCACAGACUCGAGAGAAAGAAGCAGAGUCCAUGACAGAAGUGACAUGGAGAGGUCGGUCCAUACCUGUCAAGAAUGAGAAAGUGCGUGCAUUUAUUCUGCAUGCACAACAGAUUGCAAGAGAGCUGGACAGUGCAGAGGAUGCGGACAGUAAGAUGAGUAUGUAUGAGGAAUUGUUGAUGGAAAGCAAGGAUGCUUUGCAAGCUGUGAAAGAUGAACUCAAGGGAGAUACAUCUUCAGGAAAACCAAGGUCUCAGAAGAGUGAGACACAGGUAGCCCAACUGCAGUCUCUUCAGUCCUACAUUACCUAUGUAAAACUCAGUAAAACUACUGAUAGAAACUUGCUGAUGGUUGAAGCUAUGAAAAAACAACUUCCUGCAAGUCUGCAAGAUUCUAGUGAGGCUGUUGAGCCUGAUCCAACUAAGAAACUGACUAAACCAGAAGACCUUGUCAGAAUCUAUGACAUUAUCUUACAGACCCUGUCAGACAUGGGUGAAUUACCUGGCGUUGAUGAUGAUAUCGAGAUGAGUAAAGACAUAAGUGCACAAAUACUGCACUUCAAAGCAUACAGGUGUUUUUACAUCGCGAAGUCCUAUUUGCAGGCCAAGAAAUGGCGUGAGGCAGCCAUGUUGUACGACCGCGUGACAAGUCACGCAGAGUCUGCCAUGGAACAUUUUCAGGAAAGUCAAGACUAUCAAUCAAAG